AAGUCGCUUAAAAUCUAUUUGCUUGCGUGUUUGAAUUGAGACAAAUGUAGACCGUGGGAAAAGUGUGUAAUCAGCGGAGCGCGACUAGUAGCGUAUUUAUUUAAGGUUCGGUUCAAAUGUGGCAGUUCUAAAAAUAAACUGCUCCCGUUUAACAAGAUAUUGUGCUCGUAAGCAAGUGUGAUAAGCCCCGGCACUCCUAUUAUAUAAUAAUAAAAAGUUAAAUAUUUACACACAAAAUAAAUGUCGCACGCCCUGCCUGCUAAUCCGCCGCAGCCAACACUUAAUCAAGCAACUGCCCAGAAAUAUCUACCCACGCGUCAUAACCAACAAUCUCAGCAGCAAUUGCCAACAUGUACCUGGGCACUGAAGUACCCAGAAUUGCAGAAAGCCUGUUUUUUGGCACGCAUAUGUGAGGAGAGGCCUCCUCUCCACUGUCAGCUGCGCAAUGUAUCUGUUAUCCUACAAGAGGGGCCCACCUGUGGGCUCACUGCACUAAGCAUGCUUGUGGGUGGGACUCCUACAGCACACGAACUCUUGCAGGUGGCAAGGGAGCUCCAAUAUACCAACAAUGGCGAGAUGUUUAGUGCACAAAACUUAUUCAAACUUAUAUGUGAUACUCUUGAAUCGGCAAAUUUCACGGCGGCCUACGCGAUAAAUACAUUAAAAGAAAGCAAGAAUGGUACGUCGACAGCGAAAACGAUUGCCAAGGAAUGCAAGAAUGUGUUGGCGGCAGCGGAAUGUGAAUUGCAUCAAGGUCGACUCGACUGUGCCAAGGUCAGAGCAGCACUAGAAGCAGGCGCUUGUGUUUUUGUUCCCUACGAUCCUGACUACAACCAUUCACCUUGUCUCAAACAUGGACACAAAGCACAUUGGGCGCUAAUUGUUGGCUACUUAAUAACUGAUACAAAAGAGUUUUAUGUGUUGGCGCGCCAUGGAAAAGCAAGAAAUAUCGCGGUAUGGUCGUUGGCUGCUCUCAGUGACAGUAAUGCAAACCUCAAAGAGUUCGAACAGCCGAAAGGAUAUCCCGAUUGUGAUUUUCUGCUACCACCUGGUGGUAUCGGAGGCGAUUUAGGUUUAAGAGAACGUGCCAUAGUUGUGAAUAAGUUGCCGCAAGAGAAUGUAUAUACAAUACAAUCUAACUAAUGUUAAAUUUCGGCCAUAUUUUCGGUAACGGGCGUAAGCCCCUAACACACAUAUAUGUAUGUAUGGGGAUACUUUUUUUACAUGCAAAUUUUUUCUCUUGUAAAGAAAUUAAUGAAAAUAAAACGGUGAAUUUAUUGUGAUGAUAAUGUAUACAUAAAAAAACUUCCCAAUAUCCUUCUGUUAUAAUACCCGUUCUCAAG